UUAGAAAAGGAAAAGUUUCGAAGUGUGAUAGCUUUGGGAAUUCGAUCCUGACCGAGGAAUAAAAGUGUGUAUUCAGUGUCAGCGGGAAGAGAAUCGCGAAGCAGAACCGUCAAGUUUCCAUCUGAGGAGAAAUUCAAGUCACUUGCGACCAACAGCGACCAAAAGAGGCGUCCGGACGGAAAGCAGUGAGAUGAAGUCGAUAAUUUUAUGUGUCUCGUUUGUGCUGGCGUGCGUUGCAGGCCAACGUAUCACCACAAUCCAGCUGGAUGGCGUCCAGUACUUUGUAAGCCGGAUGAAUCCCUACUCGCCGGAGUUGAAUUACUUCCUUGCCUACCAGUACUGCCGUUCGCUUGGCCUGCAGCUGGCGUCGUUUGAAACCAAGGAGAAGGUCGAAUCCAUGUCCCAGUACUUGACGAAUGCUGGUUACAGCAAAUACAACUUCUGGACGUCCGGCAACCGACUGGGCACGGGAAUGUUCCUCUGGAUGAGCACUGGACUGCCGUUCAAUGCCACCUUCGACUAUUUCGAAAAGUCUUCGGACGCCACGACGGGACUGGACCCCCUGGAUCACAACAGCAACACCUCCCCUCAGCGCACCGCCCGCGACAGCAGCAGCGGUAUCGAGCGGGGCUGCGUGCACCUGAAGGCACCCACCCUUCGGUGGGAACCCGAGGACUGUCUAGCGGUGAAAGAUUUCAUCUGCGAACAAACCAGAUGCUACUACUACAACUACGGUAGCAUUCCCGUCUCGUCGGCGCAGGGGUAAAUAUAGUUCCAAUUAAAAAUAUAAAUCUCAACACCGAGAAAAGCAAAAAUAUCAAAUCGAAGCAAUUAAAAAUCAGCAAAUAGAUCCACACCAUUCGACAAACACAAAUAAAAAAAAAUCAGAAAGAAAAUCAAGAAACAAAUAGACUAUCAAGCCACCGGACACGAAUCGGUAUUGUUGUUGAUGUCGUGUGCAAAACCAGGAUUUCCAAUCGCGCAAUCCUGCCAGCAAUGAAUGUGUGAAAA